AUCACAGCAGAACUGCCAUGGAUAUAAAUUGAUGAGUACAGUCCUGAGAACUGCAAGCUGUGAGCUGAUGAAUCCAAGAUCUAACAUGUCUACCAUGGAAGAGCACCUGCUGCCUGUAGUCCACCGUGAUCAAGUAUACUCUUCAAGACAAGACAGAAGAAAAUCCUCCGAUGUCCCAAACAGGUUCGUGACUUCCUUUCACCCAAGUACAAAUAGCAAAGGUAACCCCAAUACUCCCAAUCAUCCGUUACAUACUAGCGGAAAUGGCAAUAUAGUUACCGCACAAAAUUUCCAGCGGGUGCAUUCUUCUCCUUCUAUGUUCACAUCAAUCAAAGAAACUCCCUGUGCAGAUGAGUUCAAUGAGCAAAGCCAUGCUGCACAACACGUACCAUCAUUUGCAAGGCAGGCUAUCGUUAGCGUCAUCUUGUACAUCUCAAUAGGAGUCCUUGUAUACAUCACAAAUGUUGAAGGCUUCAAGGGGAGGUCCACACUGAAGUUAGUUGAUGGCCUUUACUUCACCAUCAUAAGCUUGUGCACCAUAGGAUACGGUGACAUAGUCCCUUGCACUACCUUCACAAAGGUGUUCACAUGCUUGUUUCUACUAAUCGGUGUUCGCUUUGUUGACAUUGUGCUAAAUGAGCUGUUGACAAAUGUACUUGACAAGCAGAGAACAGUCUUACUUAGCACAAUGGAUGAUAACAAGCUUAAUAGGGUAUUUGACACCUAUAUGAUUGAUGCUGAAAAGAAAAGAUCAAGAGGGAGGAUGAAAGUACUACUUGCGUUAGGGGUUGUUGUAGGCACCAUCUCAAUUUGUACAAUCAUAGUGCAUGAGGUGGAGGGUCUAAAUUGGAUUGAUAGCUUCUAUUUAUCAGUCAUUUCUGUGACAACAGUUGGAUAUGGGGAUUAUGGCUUCUCAACACCAGCAGGAAGGCUCUCUGCAACAGUGUGUUUGUUAGUGAGCACUUUGGCAGUUGCCAAGGCCUUCCUGUUCCUAACAGAUCUAAGGAUGGAUAGAAGGAACCGAAAAACUACAAAAUGGAUCCUCCAGAAGAAAAUGGACAAUGAGCCACUGGCUGCAGACCUAGACCAUGAUGCUUCUGUAAGCAAAUCGGACUUUCUGAUCUACAAACUCAAAGAGAUAGGAAAGAUCGAUGACAAAGACAUUGCAAUGAUCUCAGACCAGUUUGAUCAGCUUGGCCUUGCAAAGUGUGGAAAGAUCACUCUUGCGGACAUCAUUGGAAAAUUAUAAGUAUGAUUUACAGAA